UCAUGUCUCUCUCACUCCCUCUCUCCCCUCUCUACCUCUGGCACUCUCCUGCUCUCUCUCUUACUCUCUCUCAGUAUAAGGGGGGAUUCUCGGUAACCAGCUGUAGCUUAAUGUGAUCCUCACUUCUCAUCAUCAUUUCAUCGAUGUAUUCGUUUUUUAUUUAUUUUUUUCCUUCUGAAUUAAAUUGCUCUGCUGCCGGUGUCACAGCUGACUUCCAGUGUGUGGAUGCUACCAAGGUGCACAAAAGACACUCUGUAGAUUCUGUUGGGACUUUUAUGGAGUGUGAAAUUUUUGCAGUAAGUGUGAAGUUUGGAGCUGCAAAGUGAGACAAAGCAUGGCUGAUGGAACUGCAGCUGAGUGUUAAACUCUUCUGUCCAGGGAGGCAGUCCAGAUAUGACCACAGUGUCCAUGGAGCCUAUAGGAGUCCUCGUUGAAAGAGGCGUCAAUGCCACCGAGCCCCCUCUGAAUACGCAUGAGGACACAGCCGCCACCUUUACCAUUGGUACCAUCCUCUCCAUCAUGUGUCUCGUCGGAGUCUCGGGGAACAUCUACACUCUGGUGGUCAUGUGCCACUCCAUGAGGACUGCAGCCUCUAUGUACAUCUACAUCAUAAACUUAGCUUUGGCAGAUCUGCUGUAUCUUCUCACCAUACCCUUUGUAGUCUGCACACACUUCCUAAAGGGAUGGUACUUUGGGGACGCUGGGUGUCGGAUUCUGAUCAGCAUGGACUUCCUGACCAUGCAUGCCAGCAUCUUCACGCUGACAAUCAUGAGCACAGAGCGCUACUUUGCUGUGCUCAAGCCACUCGACACAGUCAAGCGGUCUAAAAGUUACCGGAAGGCCAUCGCUCUGCUGGUCUGGGUUGCAUCUCUCAUCCUCACCCUACCGAUGAUCGUUAGCAUUCAGCUAAUGACAGUGGGCAAUAAGGCUAUGUGUCAGCCCACCUUGUCACCACUCUCCUACAAAGUUUAUAUCUCAUUCCUGUUUUGCACAAGCAUUGUUGCACCAGGACUGAUCAUUGGCUAUCUCUACAUCCAGCUUGCACGCACUUAUUGGGUUUCACAGACGGAGACCUUCAAACAGACGAAGAAACUUCCCAAUCAAAAGGUGCUGUACCUGAUCUUUACCAUUGUGCUCCUCUUCUGGGCAUGCUUCCUGCCCUUCUGGAUCUGGCAGCUGCUGGGUCAGUUCCACCCCUCACUGUCCCUGUCCACCAAAGCCAAACGCAACAUCAACUACCUUACCACGUGUCUGACAUAUUCCAACAGUUGCAUUAACCCUUUUCUGUACACACUGCUCACCAAGAACUACAAGGAGUACCUGAGGAAGCACAAGCGGUCCUGGACAGCCGGCAGCUACUUUAACAGGAGGAGUCGCUUUCAGCGGUCCCCACGCAGGUCGCCAUCUUCCAGCAGUCAGCAGUGUACUGAGAGCUUUAUGCUCACACACACAGCCUCCCUGCGAGCACAUAACAGCAGUUUGUAAGGUAGGAUCAGAUUUUUCUGGCUGACAUUUGUGAUUUUGUUAGCUUAGAAAACCAAAAGUAUGACAAUCUCUAAACAUGUCAAACAUAUGGAAUGACUGGUGCCUCUUGAUGUUUAUGUCUGGAACUCGGUGGGUUGGUGACAGAAGGUUCAGGACAGCAAUAUGAUUCCUUCAAUAAACUUUUUGAGGUUGGUUUUGGAUAACUUUCACCUUGAGUCAUGGGACAGUUCCAACUAUGUGUACGGAGAGGAAUUAAGCCAGUUAAUUUCUCAAAAACAUUUAAAUAAAAACUUGUAUCUGGGUUACUCCUGGUUUCAUAAUGGCAUAUAUUGCUACCUGGUACUAUACUGCUGUGAUUUGACCAUAACUUAUAUCACACUGUAUCUUUAUCUAAGUUAAAAGGUCUGCUUGCUAGCAUUUCAGGGCUUUCAACAGAAUCUCUCUGUUUUUUUGAAGACUUAAUUGGAAUAUAGGUGGAGCUUAGGCUUGAACAAAUAAUUGUUUUAUAUCCAAAUUGUAUAUUGACAUGUACUCGGCUGUAGCUAAAUAGUAUUCAUUGCCAGUGGUAAAACACCAAAAUGAGAUAUUGGCUGUUGUCCAGUUGUGCUUUCUGCUUGUUGAUAACAUUUGCACAUGGCAAAAUAGUUUUUGUGGAAGAGGAAACACCUCUAUGUUCUGUAUAUUUUAAUGUUUGAAAAAUGUGCUGUGUCUUUUUCUGUUUAUAACAGACCAACAGAAUGGCAGGUCUUACUCUUUAUAUAAAUAAUAUAGAUAAUGACCUCAUGUGAAUGUUUUACUUUUACUUCAGUCUGCAAGCUAACUCUAAUGUUAGCUUAAAUUGCUUCACUACAGAUCUGUCUACAGUGGGUGCGGUAUUGUGAGCCCUGCACUGAUAAGUAGUUUAAUAUUAUCAUAACUGGAAAGCUGUGUAGCUGUUAUAAAUAAAUAUGCCAUUAUAAACGUCAUGAUUAUAGUUAAAUAAUAUUCAAUAGAUAUUUUCCCUUAUAUCACAGAGGACCUUUGAACUUAUUGAUUAUUUUGUUACAGACACUUUCCCCAAAGCUCAAAAAUAAACAUCCGUGCUCAUAUAUUAAA